CAAUGUACACGUAUCGAAUAAACAGUGUAGACUUGUGUUCAAGUGAAUGUGAUAUUGACACUAUGCCGACUAGUGCAAAUAAAUUUUCUAAACGUGAAAUAAUUCCUGUUGGAUAUUUUGAAGCUUAUCAGUUUCAUCGUAGUAAAGUGCGACUUGCGACUCCAACAGUGAAUAUGAAUCCUCCCAAAGGAAGACCACACGUUUUAUUUGAUGCCAAAAAAUUGCAACUAGAACGUGAAAGACAAGCUCGCAUUGUUCGUGAUAAUUUUAUUUUACUACAAAAACUACAAAAUAUAAUGUACGGCACUGCUAUGAAAAAAUAUCCACUAACACAAAAAAAAUCCGCUUGCAUAAGAACUCGUUGAGUAAAUUUUUAUAAAUUAUAAUUAUAAUAAUUAAAGUACAAAAUAUUUUAUAUAUU